CCAAAUACAUUGACCUUUUGAUUAACUCUAAGCCGGCAUUUUUCUAAUUUAAAGAUGGGGGAAAGUUGGCGAUUUCUUCUUUUUCGUUUAGAAAUCAUGAAGAGCUUAAGAAAAACUAUUUAUAUAACAAUUUUAACGUUAUUGAAUAUUAGCAAUUUCAUUCAUAUGGCACAAAGACCUCACAUAUUUUUUAUAGUUGCUGAUGAUUUAGGUUGGAAUGAUGUUGGUUGGAAUAAUCCUGACAUGAAAACGCCUCAUUUGGAUGAAUUGGCUAGAAAUGGUGUUAUUAUGAACCAGAGUUAUGUUCAACCUAUAUGUACACCGUGAGUCAAGAGCAGCAUUUAUGACUGGUUACUACCCAUACCACAUUGGGAGACAGAACUGUGUGGUCAUAGUUUUGGAACCAACAGGAGUGUCUAUUAAAUACCCUUUCUUGUCUCAGAAAUUAAAAGAUCUUCAUUAUUCAACUCAUAUCAUAGGAAAAUGGCAUCUAGGUCACUGUAACGAUUCCUACACACCUACCCAUCGAGGAUUUGAUUCAUUUUUAGGAUUUUACUAUGCAGAGGGGGACUAUUAUACCCACACUAUAGAAAAAUCUGUUCAAAUUUGGAAAGAGCUAUUGGACUUUCAUAAAGAUUUAGAGCCAACAAAUGCUUACAGAGGCAUAUAUACAACGGAUGUUAUGAAAACAGCCGUUACGGAGUUGUUGUCGAAGUCAGAUCCAAAUGUACCCCUUUUUUUAUAUCUUCCUUUUCAAGCAGUCCACUUCCCAUUGCAGGUACCAAAAAUAUAUGAAGAUCAAUAUAUGAACGUUAAAAAUAAAGAAAAAAGAAUAUUUAGCGGUAUGGUUACAGCUUUGGAUGAAGCAGUUGGCAGUCUAGUCACUGAUAUGAAAAAAUACGGGUUCUGGGACAAUUUUCUGAUAGUAUUCAUUUCAGAUAACGGCGGCGAAAUUUUGAGCGGUGGUAGUAACUAUCCACUUCGAGGAGCAAAAAUGACGUUGUGGGAAGGUGGAACAAGAGUGCCAACUUUUGUUUAUGGAGAUAUACUACAGAAGACAGGAUACAUUAAUAACAAUUUAAUUCACGCAGUUGAUUGGUUUCCAACUUUAUUAGCUGCUGCAGGAGGAGAAAAUGAAGAUUCUAAAAAUAUGGAUGGAUUGAAUUUGUGGAAUAUGAUAAGUAAAGAUGGACCAGGAGUUAGAAGUGAAUUUAUUUACAACAUUUUUGACUUGGAAUAUCAAAGAGCUGCCAUACGAGUGGGAGACUAUAAAUUAAUCAUAGGCUAUCCUGGAUUACCUUGUGAUUGGCUUGAAGUUUCUGAAUUGGAAGAGGGGAUUGAACUUGAAACAUCGUGCAAUAAGUCUCACAUCACAGAAAAAGGUGUCUAUCUUUUUAAUUUAAAAAACGACCCUUUAGAACAGAAUAAUUUAGCAUCAACGGAAAAAGUUGUCUUACGUCGAAUGAGACACCGUCUUGAUCAAAUGCGAAGAUCCAUGGUGCCAUCUGAUGAUCCACUUCCAAAUUUCUUUGCAAUGAGGAAAUUAAGCAAAAUAGGUGCUUUAGUUCCAGGAUGGUGUCAAGCAAAGUGAAAUUCUUAUGUUUAUUUACAAAUUUUUGAUUUAUGAGAUUCUGAAAAAGUAUGUGAAAGUAUUGUUAUUUAUAAAAAGUUUUUUAGUUUGCA